AUUAUAUGAACUCACUGUGUGCAGGAGCAUUAUUGGCAACUUGGAAAAGCUCAUCAGUGCUGUGACAAUCGACCUGAAGAAGCCUAAGACGAUGCAGUAAUGGGCAGGAAGAGACACUGCACACCCCACGCAGUGUGCUGCGGGUCCGCGGGCUUCGUUGUUGUCGCUAGGAACGCACCGGAGGCGGGUAGGGGGUGUGGCGGCGGAUGCUAUGGUCGGCCGGGGUGUACAUGCACACAAACAAAUGUAUCAUAUUGUAGCAGCUACUGGAACACAGGGGCAUUUGACACGAUAUUCGCGAGCAGCUGCCGGAAUAUAGGAGCAUUUAAUUAUAUAGUUGGAGCCUUACUUGGGAUGCCCCAGCCCUCUGUGCCUAAUGGACUGCACCAACAAGGACGCUUCGGCCAUGCAUUGCUGGUUCAUGUAUGUUACAGUACAAGACACAAUGGCCAGCCAGUUCCUCCCACCCUUGUCCCCACUUCCGGUCAUGAUUCAAUGACAAUCCCAAAUACGGACAAAGGUCUACUGGACGAUUUCGCCAAGAAGUGAAGUAAACUCAGUCAGUUCCUUUGCAAACGACUCUGCUUUCCCUUCUUCAAGAACCCCGUGCUGCAGAAUAUGAGCUGGGCCGCGAGCCUAACAGGCACAUAAAUGGCUACUCACCUUGC